AUGGCUCCCCAGUGGUCCUCUGGCUGCCCUGUGGUAGACCGCUUUGUGCGCCGGUCCCAGUCCAUUCAAUGCCUCUUCGAUGCUGAAACCUGCAAGGUGCGGGUGCCGUCUAGGGGCCUGGUCAGAGCUGUUGGGGCACCAAAUGAGGCAGCUCUCUGUGAGGUUCCAGUUUCUGAUUUCCUAAAAUCCUUCCCCAAGCACCUGCUUAAGCAGCUAGAGUCAGGCCAGGUCCCGCUCGCUUCCUUCUCGUCUUACCUGAGGAGAUGGCCCCAGGUAGCGCCUUUUGAGCAAAGCAAACACUACUCCAUUCCAGAUGGGGCGGCAGUGUCUCAGCCUGAACCAAUUAUCAAACCCUCAGCUGAGCGUAGCUGCAAUAGCGAAGGCACUAUUGGCUGUGCCACCCUUCCCCCUCAAAGUCCAGGGGUAGAAACGGCCAAAAGUCCAGUGGUAGGAACAUCGGGACACCAGCCGGAGGUUUCGGAAGCAGUUCAUUUGAGCAGCGGGUUGGAUGAUGUCAGCAGCAGGCUUAGCACCGUCAGCCUUGAUGCCAGCACCGCCAGGGGCGAUCAAGCACCAAACGGCGGAAGCGAGAAGGCUUUUUUGGGGGUAGAUUUAGAAAGGGGACUAGAGGGGGCCUCUGGACCGUUGCCAGGGCCCUUGUUAGUUCAAGUGGAGCUACAGCUUCUAGACCUAGGCGACGAUGAGUUAUCAGUCAACGACAGGGCAAGGGUCGGAAACAGAGUUGAUUUGGAGAGAGGUUCCACCGACGGGGGCGUGUGUCCAAGGGAUGAUGGCUUGGGGGGAUUGCGAAACGGUUCGCCGGCGGAGGCAACUAGGCGCGGGUCCGUCGCUCUGGCGACGUUCUGCCUGUUGCCAGAGCCAGCGGACCUUACGGAGCGCCUUGAAAAGGCAGAGAGGAAGUUUCAGCAGGCGCUCGACUUGGUGCCGGAGGCGAUCUAUGCGAAAGACUCGGAGGGCCGCUCCCUCUAUGUAAAUAAGGCCCUCGCCGGCCUUUUUGGCAAGACGGUCCCCGAGAUGAAUCUCCACUGGAGCUGCCCCGAAAAGGGCAGGCAUCUGGCGACCAACGCGGAGGCGAUUGAAAACAAUCGCACACUGCUGUUUCCGGAGCAGGAAUUCACCGACAGCGAGGGGCGCAAGCGUUGCUUCCGGGUCAUGAAAACGCCGUUUCGGACUGCGGACACCGACGAGCCGGCUGUGGUCGGCUUACCGCUCAACAACACCGAGCUCUGCGCCUCCAACGGCCUCCCAAGCUCGCAUUCUGCUUUUCGAAAGCCUACUCGCCGUGUUCGGCUUCUCACCGAGCUCCGCGCCUCCAACCGCGCGCUCCGCCGCAGCGAGGCCCGCUACAGCUCGUUCUUCGACCUGGCGGGCGUCGGCACCCUCACCAUCGGCACGUCAGCCGCCCACGUCAUCGCUGACGUCAGCAAGGGCGCGUGCGACAUGCUGGGCGCCUCUCCCGACGAGCUCGUCGGGGCGCGCUUCCCCGAUCUAGUUGCCGCGGAGGACUGGGCGGCCGUUUCCCCUGAGCUGGACAGCUUUUUGGCGGCCGGCGGGGAGCGGUUCGUGCGGGAGGUGCGGUGUGUGAAGAAGGACGGGAACGAGCUGUGGGCGCGCAUCACGGUGACCCUGGGAGGGGAAGAUUUGGAGGGGUACGCAAUCGUAAUGAUGGAAGACAUCGGCGAGUCCAAGCGCUAUCAGCAGCUCCUACAACAGGAAGUAACUCGCUUCCAGGGAAUCGUCGAGCACAUGUCCGUGGGGGCGACGUUCUGCGAGAAAGGAGACGGGCCGAUCCGCGUGUACUGCAAUCGCGCAGUUGAAGAGAUGCUGGGUUACUCACGGGAAGAGCUGUCUACGCUGCAAGCUUGGUUGGAGAUCAUUUGGGGCAAGGAGGAGGCGCCAAAGCACUAUGAGGAGUACGUAGAAGGGCGGAAGAAGGGCACGCUGAUGAGCCCGUCUGCGACGCGCCUGCGCACGAUCCGCCGGAAGGACGGCGUGGUCCGCCUCUUCGAGUGCAUCGGCUCCUCCUUCCCGGAGGGCGAGGUUUGGAUCAUCCAUGACGUCACCGACCGUCAGGCGGCCGUUGAGAAGCUGGAAGCGAUCUUUGAGCUUUCCACCGACCCCAUAUUCGUGUUCAUGCGGGGCACGAUCCUCGACUGCAACACGGCGGCGGUGAAAUGCCUGGGGUGCGAAACGAAGGAAGAGGUGCUUGGGAACUUCGGCCGGUUCUCGCCGGAGUUUCAGCCGGACGGGGAGCGCUCCAACGACAAGGCGCUGCGCAUGUGCGACAUCGCGAAGCGGCAGGGGGGCUGUUCCUUCGAGUGGCAGCACUGUAAACUCGACGGGACGAAGUUCCCGACGCAGAUCUUCUUCACGGAGCCCAAAGUGCUCGGGGGGGCGGAGCACAUGAUUGCGAUCUUUCACGAUCCGACGGAGCGGAAGGCUGCGGAGGCGGCGCUCACAGCGGCGAAAGAAGCGGCGGAGGCGGCCAAUCACGCCAAGUCGCAGUUCCUGUCGAAUUGCAGUCACGAGAUCCGGACGCCGAUGAAUGGUGUGAUCGGGGUUGCAGAGCUGCUCCUUCGGACGGAGCUUUCCCCCGAGCAGAAGUCGUACGUGGAGACGAUUCGCUCGAGCGGCGACUUCCUGCUAAACUUGAUCAACGACAUCCUAGAUCUAGCCAAGAUCGAAGCCAAGAACUUGCAACUAGAGGAGGUGGAAUUCGGACUGUGGGCGGAGGUCCAGCAGAGCCUGGCGCUUGUGGAAAUAAGCGCCCGGGAAAGGGGCAUAGCCACCCGGUGUCAUAUCGAAGGGGGGGUCCCAGAUGCCGUUGUCGGAGACCCUAUGCGGUUGCGGCAAAUACUGAUGAACCUCCUCAGUAACGCAAUCAAGUUCACCCACGAGGGUUCGGUGGAGGUGUUUGUGAGUAUGGCGCAAGAACUAAGGGGAGAAGGGAGUUCAGAGGGAUCCCCCGACGAGGAGGUUGAGUUGCCGUAUUUACACCCGGGCAUGCCGAGCGUUUUGGUGCAAGUCGAGGUGCGGGACACCGGGGUGGGAAUACCCGAAGACGCAAAGGCGCGCAUUUUCAAGGCGUUCAUGCAGGCGGACAGCUCGACGUCUCGAAGAUACGGCGGCACCGGCCUGGGCCUUUCCAUCUGUCAAACUUUGGCCACCCGCAUGGGGGGGCGCAUCUGGGUCGAUAGCGUUGUUGACCGGGGGUCCUCGUUCUUCUUCACUGUGCGCCUAGGGGUGCCGCCCGAGCGCUCGCCAUCCGACCAGCUUCGACCGAGGGGAGGUGCUCGGCCUCAGAAGCGGCGAUGGUCCCCCUCCCCACGGUCCCUUCUGGACAUCAAAGCGGAUGCGCCGAUCCUGGAAGCAACCGCAAUCGACGAACUUAAGGUGUUGGUAGCAGAGGACAAUAAGGUGAACCAGCUGGUCGCCUCGAAGAUCCUCCAAUCGCUAGGGUGCGAUUUCGACGUCGUCGAAAACGGGGAGAAGGCGGUCGAAGCAUGCGUCGACGGCCGCUAUGACGUCAUCUUCAUGGACUGCCACAUGCCUCACAUGGACGGCUACGAAGCCACGCGGAGCAUCCGCGUGGAAGAGCAGAAGCGCGGCCGGCGCCACGUCAUCAUCGCCCUGACCGCGUCGGCGCUCGAGGACGACGCCCAGAAGUGCCUUGCCUCAGGCAUGGACUCUUUCCUGUCAAAGCCGGUCCGGCCUCAAGACAUCGAGACGGCCCUUCAAUCCUUCUUGCGGCCCUGAUUUGGUUGCGAGCUUUGAACUUCUUACACUUUGCCAUAGAUUGACUUAUACGCCGGGCCGGGCCUAAGAUGCCAAGCGGGCAUCCCUAGGACAAACCUGGCUUUUGCCUCUUGCAUCGUCAAAGCAACCCAUAGAGUAGGCACUUAAAUGCGCCAAUCUGUCUUGGCGGAGUCACUGUGUGUUGGCUUAAAAGCCACUUUUGCUCUAAACGUCGAGUCCCAUGAUGCAUUCGAGCUAGUGUAGUAUGUUACAAUUCAAUCAGGUAGAGGACGAGAUCAGUCGAGGCUCGUCUGCAACCAGAAACAGGAUUUUGU